ACUAACAGCGCAGCAGCCACAAAGAACGAGAGAAGAAAUUAAACCCACCCUCCAGUGAAAGCACGCCAAAAGAGAAAUCAAGAGAGUAGAGAGCAAGCGAGCGAGAGAAAGAUCACUCCGUGUGUUUCGUUCACUAUGAGGCCGCUGAGAGAAGCCACGGCGGCUCUUGUGGGCGUCGGCGGCGGUGGCCAGGCGGCAGCCGCGGCGGCGGGACACAUCGGCCACGCGCACCCGGGGCUGUGGAGGACGCCGACCCCGUACCUCUUGCUCGGCUUCGCGCUCAUGAUGGGGCUCAUGGCGGUCGCGCUGCUCAUCCUCCUCUGCACGCGCCCCAAGCCGUCCGGCUCGUCGCGGCGCGGGAGCGCCUCGGAGGAAGCCUCGGCGCGGGGGGCGACCAUGGCGCCACUCGACCGCGAGCCCAAGGUCAUCGUCAUCAUGCCCGGCGACCACAUGCCGUCCUUCAUCGCCAGUGCCAGGCCCUUCGCUUUCGCCACCGCCGUAGACGCCGGCGAGCCAAGCAAGACCGACGCGGCCUAGGAGCGUCGCGCCGCGCACACCGGCCGUGUGCUCCAGCGGGAGGCGGGACCAAUUUUGUUCGUGACAUCUCCAGGAUUUUGCUUCCCCUGCGCGAUUUUGUCUCUAGUAAUAGCUAGGAAUUAAUCACCAACCAGGGAAGAUAUUGAGUGUUUAACCAGAGCGUGAGGGCUCGGCGGCGUCGAGAUCUAUGAUUUUGAAAGCGAAUGGAGUUCUUGCUUGCA